UGGUUUGAUGGAUUCCACCAAAAAGCACAUUUGUGCUUCUGUACAUACGUGUAGCUAAAACAUUACUUUUCCAAAGGCUCCUUUCUGAUCAUUCCCUGGUUUAGAUUUAAGCUCCUGUCAUGUGCUUAUGGGCAGCUAGUCACUAGUAGGCUCUCAUUCCAGUAUUGUUUAGGAACUACAUUGGCUGAGCUCUGUUCUGUAGAAACACGAACAACAGAUCACUCUUCUCAUGUAUUGUGACCUCAGAGUGAAUCCUGACCUAAUAAGAAAUGGGAGGGGUUUGCUUAAUUGUGCUGUUGGACCAUGAAAGUUAAAAUGUUUCCUUCUCUCUAUGACUGUGGCCUGGGAUACCAGAUGCUUUGCAUGUGGAAUGGAAAAUGGAUUCCGAGUUUAUAAUGCAGAUCCACUCAAAGAAAAAGAGAAACAAGAAUUUCUAGAAGGCGGUGUUGGCCAUGUGGAGAUGUUAUUUCGCUGCAACUACUUAGCACUAGUAGGAGGAGGAAAGAAGCCCAAGUACCCACCCAACAAAGUAAUGAUCUGGGAUGACCUGAAGAAGAAGACUGUCAUUGAGAUAGAAUUUUCUACAGAAGUCAAAGCAGUUAAGCUGCGAAGAGACAGAAUUGUGGUAGUCCUGGAUUCCAUGAUUAAAGUUUUCACAUUCACACACAAUCCCCACCAGCUGCACGUCUUUGAAACCUGCUACAACCCUAAAGGUCUCUGUGUCCUUUGUCCAAAUAGUAAUAAUUCUCUCCUUGCGUUUCCUGGCACACACACUGGGCACGUGCAGAUCGUGGAUCUGGCCAACACAGAGAAGCCUCCCGUGGACAUACCGGCUCACGAAGGCGUCCUGAGCUGUAUAGCAUUAAACCUGCAGGGAACAAGAAUUGCAACAGCAUCAGAAAAAGGGACCCUCAUAAGAAUAUUUGAUACUUCAUCAGGGCAUUUAAUCCAGGAGCUGCGCAGAGGAUCACAGGCAGCCAAUAUAUACUGCAUUAACUUCAAUCAGGAUGCUUCCUUAAUCUGCGUAUCCAGUGACCAUGGCACAGUACAUAUUUUUGCUGCAGAAGACCCCAAAAGAAAUAAGCAGUCAAGUUUGGCCUCUGCCAGCUUUCUCCCCAAGUACUUCAGUUCCAAAUGGAGUUUCUCCAAAUUUCAGGUUCCCUCAGGCUCUCCGUGCAUUUGUGCCUUUGGAACAGAGCCAAAUGCUGUCUUAGCAAUAUGUGCAGAUGGCAGCUACUACAAGUUCUUAUUCAACCAAAAAGGGGAAUGCUCAAGGGAUGUCUAUGCUCAGUUUCUAGAAAUGACCGAUGACAAGCUUUGACUGAAGUGAGGGAGUGCACAGGUCAAAGUACUGCCUUGGCUAUUCUGCAUCUUUGGGAGGACAGUAUAUGAAUGUCCAAUGCUGAUCAAGAAGUUUAGCAGACCUCAGUGAGAAGCCUGGCCCACCAUGAUCAGAACAAGCUCUGAAGUAGGGAACUACAUUUGUUUAUUCUCAUUUCUGCAAGCUUUCAUCAUUAAAAUCUCUUUGGAUUACUGUCAUCAACUCAAGUUUUCAAGUUGUGGCUUUCAACAAGCUUGUGCCUAUUGGGUUUCUCUUUAAACUGUGAAAUGACUUCAGUUAAAACACGAGUGCCUGCCACACUGAAAGAUCUGCAGGGGGCUGUGCAAAUGUCAGGACUAGUCUUAGAAAAAGGGAUGUGAAAGCAGAAGAUUUUAGGCAGUGCUGGAAGUGGGGGGCAAUACUUCCACUCAAACCCAUAUAUAACUCCACCAGCCGGGCUAGAAAAGGACUUCAGCCUUUCCCUGAACACAUCUUAGUGUACCAGAGGAGAGGAGAAGUGUGUAGCCAGAAGAGACUGUAGCUUGAGCCGUGUUCAUUGGCUGGGGGUCGUCCUGUGGCUACAGCUCACUGCUCUUGUCCACCUGCCCACGGUGGCUCAGUUGAAUGAUCAGCACUAAAGGUCAAAAGGUGCCAAACUGUACAUAGUAGCUGAAGGCACGUUUAGGCAUUUGCUGACCCAACUACCCUCUCCUCAGUGCGUGGAGCAAGCAGCCAGGACACGGGCAUGGGGAACUCCUGCAGCUGUAGAGGCAGUUCCUUCUGUAAGGGAACAGCCAUUCCAGGUUUAGAAAGAAAAAACCACCACCCGUGGUCCUGGUGGCACAACUGUACUGAUUGCUUGGAAAAUUCCUGUACUUCAACUGGAAGAGUGGAGUGGCUGCUUACACAUCCAGCGCAAUACAUGAACCAGGUGGCACAGAGCAGACUGCUCUGCACUGGCUUUAAAUGUGCUAAAGUUUUUUUUCUUUGAGAUGUGUAUUGCAUUACGUUUACCUAAAGAGGGGUAGGUUAGAAUAAAUCAGUUGAAAACUCUUUCCCCAAGUUGUGCAGCAGUUAAGAUUUAAUGCUGAGUUAAGGCACAAAAUACUAAACUAGGAACUGAAAUAGACACGAGCUCUCAGCACUUGGGGGAGGGAAGUCUUGCUCUUCUGAAAUUUAAUUUCACAGAUGCUUCAAAUCUGACAUCCCGGUUCACAUUAAGAUUGUUUAGGUGCAGACUCUCUAAAUUUGACAAGUUUCUUUUAGUGUCAUGUAACAUACUGAGGACUAACUUCUACGCAGAUUUCGAUGUCGAGGUUGCAUGUUGCUUUUAUGUGUAUUUAAUCACAAAUUGUUUUGCACACUUAUUUGUAAUAUGUUAUUUCUUUUAAAUAAAAGUGACUAAUUUUGCUGUAA